GCCGAGGAAGACCAAUAUGUGCGGCUGGGGGCCACAGGGGCGCACAACCUCGAAGUCGGUGGGAGGGGGGGACGUGUUCCGUUUCGUUUGGCAAGCGCUGUAUGACUUUGUGGACAAAGCUCGAUGAUGCCCCAAUUGACCCAAUCAGCCCACCAUGCUGAUGCAAUGAAUCACAGCGUCUGCUGCGUCAGCAGUUCAAAUGCUGGCAGCUCGAAGCAAUGCGGAAUAGAGGGAGGACGAGUAUAACUGCUCCUGCAACAGGAUGAAAGAGCCACGCCAGGUGGCUGUCGGCACGAGCCCGACAUCGAAACUCCACGGAAAGAAUGCCCCGGAUCUGUUGCCGACAGGAACGCGUGGCCGGGCAUGGACCAAAGACAUUUCAUAUGUGCCCAAGGAUGCAGAGGAAAAGAACCCGCUGACAACAUUCAAUAAUCUUCAGCCUCUUAUGUUUCAAUCGACAGCCGAAGAGGACCGGUCGGAUGCUGGUGGUGGUUUGUUCACAACCAGGAAACGACCCGCCAACCUUGCCAACGCAAUCAGCGUUUCGCAAAAGGCCGAGAAGAACCUCAAGCGUGACAAAGAAUCCUUUCGCACAACCUUGGUCAAUAUUGUCAUGCAUAAUAUUCCUGCAAAGCAAGAUGACCCAGAUGAUCAGGCCGAUGGACAGCCAGAGGAGACAAAACAAGUGUCUGGGUCUCAGGAUAAAGAUAUCAUGCAACGCUACUACUACUAUAUUACAAACGGUGUUGAUACACAACACGUCGCCGAAAUGGAAAACGAAUGGCUUGCAAAUGUCAUGGAGAAGCUUCCGCAUCAUCUCAAGCAAACCCAUCAACCUACGCUCCAUAGCCUUUCGAGCGAAAUGCGCGAUGAUUAUCACAUGAGUGUGAAGAAAGCCAUCGUUGAUUUUGUACUCAGAGACCCUCGACAAAAGAACGACUACGGGGCAAUGACAAAGGAAUCGACCGAAGACUUUGUAAAGAUUCGAAACUCAACACCCACUUGGCAGAUAUCAUUCAACGCGUCGUUAGGACACAUUCGUGACACACUUUUGAUCAACAACCCAACUAUACUCGCCAUUCACGACCUCUGGCACAAGUUUUCCGACAUACGAUUGUUUGAUUUGGAGCCUCUAGUGACAAAAAGCAGCUCCUUUGAGCUUCGAAUAUUCAGGACAACACUCUUGCAGAGAUUUGAAAAGGCCCAUGAAAAGCUCAUGACCAGCUGGUACCCAGCGAUGCUCAAUAUAUUUUAUCAAGGAAGCAAGCGAAACGAGUGGUCGUCGAUACCUACCGAGAAAAUGGAGGUGUUUUUCAAGACCGUUUCGUUUAUCAUGGGGGACCAACUCAGACAUAUUGUGCACAUGUCGAUUUUGGACUUUGUGGCGCUCUUUGAAGAGACGCUGCCUAGUCGAAUUGUUAAUCAGAUUGAGGGUGCUCACCAACUUGCAUUCUCUAUCAAGUUGGUUAUGGAAGACACAAAACUAAGAUACGAACCGGCAACGCAGGAGAUUCAAACUGCCAUUGAGGGUCUUUUGGAUCAGCUCUUGGUAGCUGCUGAUAGAAUUCCAAAGGUCGAGACCCAGCUCUUUUCUAGUGGAGCGCAACCGACAGCGACAAGCCGUGUGACAGCGGCGGUUGUCAAGGCAGAACAGUGUAUUCCCGUGGCCUUCGAGGCCACCUUUCCAAAGAUCGUAGCAGAAGCACGGGAACGACUCCGCACGAAUCUCUCCAAAAUGCUGCAAUACCCUCACAUUUACUUGCAAGAGUUUGACAGACAUCGGUCCUUAAUCAACCGGGCGGCGGAAAGCGACCUGGCUGAUUUUUUGUCGCAUGACAAUACGCAAGAAAAGCUGAUGGAGGAGGUCAAGCGCUACAAAAACCACGCCAAUAUCAUGAUUUUGAGCGCCUACCCGUUUGUGGUCCAUUUCCCCCUCAUCGAGCUUCAUUGCGACGAGUUCCUACAUGCUCUAGCCGAUCUGGCUCUGGCCCUUGCAAACAAAAUUCUGGAAAAGAUGGCCAUUGAUAACAGAGUGCUGAAUCAAGGUGUUGUCAAAAUAUUUGAAGAUAUUGCAGCCAAAAUGCUCACGGUUCCAGAAAGCGUCGAAGAGAUGGUGAAUCUUCAGAAGCUAAUCGACAACACCAGAAACGUUGCCAUGAAAUCGCUGGAAGAAAGUGUCGAUGAGGCUAAAAAAAGACUGAACUUUAUGAUAAUGUACUCUGAGCUCAAGAAAGAGGAUUUUGAUCUCAAUUCGAUACUGUUUUCGUGGCCCCACAAAAUCCAGCCUAUCUUUUCUGAGGGGGAGGGGAUUCUCCUCAAGUCCAAGAUGGCAAACACAGAUGAGCUCAAGGCGCGUCGAGAAAAGCUCUUUGCUGAGCUGGACGGCUACACCAAGCAGCUUGAGGAAUAUAGGUCAUUUGGAGACUACACCGAGAUCAACCGCUAUCUCAAGACCGCUCAAAAGUUGCAAUCUCGACUCGACUCUGUUAACGAAAAAAUCCAGGCAUUCAAUCACGAGGAAGACCUCUUUGGUUGGGAAACAACCAAAUUUCCGACCCUGACGGAGACCAUUGAAGCUUUGGCUCCAUAUCUGUCGCUCUACCAAACUUCAGUGGAUUUCCAAAAGUCCUAUCACAACUGGAUGACAGGAUCCUUUCUCAAGCUGGAUCCGGAAGUCGUUGAAAGCGAGGUAUCGAAUAUGUGGCGAACCAUAUACAAGCUCUGCUUGGGACUUUCGGAUGAUCCCGCUGCUUUAGAAAUCGCCGAGAUUACCAAGGAACAGAUUGAGAGAUUCAAGGUUAAUCUCCCGCUCAUUACAACCCUCUGCAAUCCGGGUCUACGUGAGAGACACUGGAAAGAUAUAUCUGCCAUCGUGGGCUUUCGCUUUCAGCCUGACGAUACGACCAGUUUGACCGCAGUCCUCGAAAGAAACUUUGCUGAUUAUCUUGAGCAGCUGGAUCAAAUCAGUGCUGUGGCUACAAAGGAAUACUCGUUUGAAAAAGCCCUCCAAAAAAUGUAUCACGAGUGGCAAGAUGUCGAGUUUGUGACGAUCGAGUACAGAGAUACUGGAACCCAAAUUCUCUCUGCCGUCGACGAGAUACAAUCGCUGUUUGACGAUCAUAUCGUAAAAACCCAGACUAUGAGAGGCUCGCCGUUCAUCAAGGCCUUCGAGGAGGAAACAGUGUCUUGGGAGAGACGACUUUUGACAAUGCAGGAAAUACUGGACGAGUGGCUCAAAGUCCAGGCCACAUGGCUCUACCUGGAGCCCAUUUUCAGUUCAGAGGAUAUUAUGCGGCAAAUGCCUGUGGAGGGCAAGAGAUUUGUCCAGGUCAACAAAACAUGGAAGGACCUUAUGGCGCACACGGCUCAAGACCGACAUGUUCUCAAAGUGUGUGCGCUGCCAGAUUUGCUUCCAAAACUCAAGGAUAGCAACACGGAGCUUGAGCUGAUUCAAAAGGGCUUGAACCAAUAUCUCGAAAUCAAGCGUCUCUACUUUCCCCGAUUUUUCUUCCUCUCGAACGACGAAAUGUUGGAGAUCCUCUCUGAGACUCGCGAUCCCACACGUGUGCAACCCCAUCUGAAGAAAUGCUUUGAAGGAGUCAAUAGCCUCGAAUUCGAAGAGAAUCUUGACAUUACAGCAAUCUAUAGCAGCCAAAAGGAGUGCGUAAAGCUGAUCUCGACGAUUUCAACCGUGGACGCCGGAGGGGCUGUCGAAAAGUGGCUUGUUGACGUCGAGAAAGUGAUGCUCGUCAGCAUGCGCGAUGUGACCUCGCGCGCAUACACAGCUUACAAGGAAUCUUUGCGAGACCAGUGGGUCCUGGAGUGGCCAGGCCAGGUAGUGUUGUGUGUGAGCCAGAUCUAUUGGACAGCCGAAGUUGAGCAAGUUUUGCAGGAGUGCCAACCUAAUGGUCUCAAAAAGUAUGUCGACACGAGCACCGAGCAGCUCUCCAAGAUCGUUGAAUUAGUACGAGGCAAUCUAACUAAGCUGGCCAGGACAACCCUCGAGGCCCUCGUUGUGAUCGAUGUCCACGCCCGCGAUGUGAUUUCGCAACUGGAUGAUGCUAAAGUUGUCAACCCCAAUGAUUUUUCGUGGCUCAGCCAGCUUCGCUAUUACUACGAUAAAGACGGAGUUAUCGUCAAGAUGAUCAACUCAAUUCAAAAAUACGGCUAUGAGUAUCUCGGAAAUACGGGCCGUCUUGUCAUCACGACCCUCACCGAUCGCUGUUACCGCACGCUGUUUGGGGCACUGCAACUCAAUCUAGGCGGCGCACCCGAAGGUCCGGCUGGAACAGGAAAGACAGAAACUGUCAAGGACCUUGCAAAAGCUUUGGCAAUGUUCUGCGUGGUCUACAACUGUUCAGACGGUCUGGACUACAUAGCGAUGGGAAAAUUCUUCAAAGGGCUAGCGUCGGCUGGAGCAUGGGCAUGUUUUGACGAGUUCAAUCGUAUCGAUCUUGAGGUUCUCUCUGUUGUUGCCCAGCAAAUUCUCACCAUUCAGCGGGCCAAGGCAGCCAAAGUGGAAACAUUUGUCUUUGAAGGAACCGAGCUGAACCUUAAUCCCGUGGCCAACUGUUUCAUCACAAUGAAUCCUGGAUAUGCAGGUCGUAGCGAGCUUCCAGAUAAUUUGAAGGCCCUCUUCAGGCCGGUGGCCAUGAUGGUUCCUGAUUAUACAUUGAUUGCUGAGAUUUCUCUGUACUCCUUUGGGUACGUUCAAGCCCGCAGUCUGUCGGUGAAAAUCACGGCGACGUACAAGUUGUGCUCCGAGCAGCUUUCAUCGCAGGAUCACUAUGACUACGGAAUGCGUGCCGUCAAAUCCGUGCUGUCGGCUUGUGGAGCCCUCAAGCUCAAGUAUCCAAACGAAAACGAAAACAUCCUUGUCCUUCGGUCCAUUAUUGAUGUCAAUCUGGCAAAGUUUUUGUCCCAAGAUAUCCCUCUAUUCAAGGGCAUUACCGCUGAUCUAUUCCCUGGAGUGACCCUUCCGACGCCAGACUACGAGAUACUGAUUCACGCGAUUCACGAAAACUGUACCAAGCUGAACCUCCAAAUGGUUCCAGCCUUCCUCGAGAAAAUCCUCCAAGUGUAUGAGAUGAUGCUUGUUCGACACGGCUUUAUGCUUGUUGGCGAGCCUUUUGGAGGAAAAACCUCGGCAUACCGGGUUUUGCAGGGGGCGCUCUCGGACAUUGCCAAACACAAUCCCCAAGCAGAGAGCAAGGUUCUUGUCCAAGUCAUGAAUCCAAAGUCCAUUAGUAUGGGCCAGCUCUACGGCCAGUUUGAUGCAAUCACACACGAAUGGGCGGAUGGCGUCCUGGCUGUAGGCUUUCGAAAUUUUGCCUCCCAAGCCACGCCGGAUCGAAAGUGGGUCAUAUUUGACGGGCCCGUCGAUGCCAUCUGGAUCGAAAACAUGAAUACCGUUCUCGAUGACAACAAAAAGCUUUGCUUGAAUAGCGGUGAAAUCAUCCAGUUGUCCUCGACUAUGAGCUUGAUCUUCGAGGUGCGCGACCUUGCCGUCGCUUCUCCAGCAACUGUCAGUCGAUGCGGAAUGAUAUAUAUGGAGCCAAGUCGACUUGGCUGGAGAGAUACUCUCAUGGUAUCCUGGAUCAACAAAUGCGCUCUCGAUGAGGCCCAAAGGAGAACGGUUGUGAUCCUUUUUGAUUGGCUCAUGGAGCCGUGUCUCUCGUUCCUCAGACGGAACUUGACAGAGCUUGUUGAGACAUCCGAUAUGAAUCUUGCAACCUCGAUGAUGAAUGUCUUUGAGAGCCUUCUUGACGACUUCCUAAAGGAUGGAUCGGACUUGUCGAACAAGCAUAUCCAGGGAAUAUUCCUGUUCUCGCUUGUUUGGGCCGUUGCUUCCACAUGUCAUGAGAAUGCCAGACCAAAGUUCAGCGCAUUUAUCCGAACUCUGAUAACCGGACAAGUCACAGAGUAUCCGCCUCCACAAGGGUUCUCUCUUGAAACAAUCAUACCCGAAGGAUCCGUAUAUGACUAUAUAUUUGAGAGAUCAGAUGGUGGCCGGUGGAGAAAUUGGCUCGAAACCAUCGUGACGGAAUACGUGAUUCCAGCCAAAGCCAAGUACGACGACAUUCUCGUCCCGACCAUUGACACGGUUCGAUAUGCGUAUUUGCUCAAGCUCCUGGCCAGACACAGCAAACAAGUGCUGUUCAUCGGCCCCACGGGCACUGGAAAGUCGACGUACAUCAAGGACGUCCUCAUGAAGGGGAUGCCCAAAGAAACCUACACCCCGGUCUUUAUCAACUUCUCGGCCCAGACGUCGGCAAACCAAACACAAGAUAUCAUCGAAUCAAAGCUCGACAAGCGCAGGAAGGGCGUUUACGGACCCCCUGUUGGAAAGAAAUGCAUCAUUUUUGUCGAUGACAUGAACAUGCCGGCCAGAGAAACCUAUGGCGCCCAGCCCCCAAUUGAAUUAUUGCGCCAGUGGAUGGAUCAUAAUGGCUGGUACAACCUACAAGAAAACAGUAUGCAGGAGUUUGUGGACAUUCAGUUCAUUGGAGCAAUGGGCCCUCCGGGAGGCGGCCGCAACCCAAUCACAAACAGAUUUACCCGGCAUUUCAAUAUGAUAUCGAUCGCCUCGUUCGACGAUCCAACUCUCCACCGAAUAUUCGAGACCAUCCUCGACUGGCAUCUUGUGUCCAACAACUUUGAGAAAGACGUCAUCCAGUGCUCCAAAUCCAUCAUAUCUGCGAAUCGAGUCAUAUACCGAAGCGUAAUGGAGAGCCUUCUGCCAACACCCAAAAAAUCGCACUAUACCUUCAACCUGCGGGACUUUGCUCGAGUUAUCCAAGGCAUUCUUCUGUCGAGAAGCGAUACCGUUAAAGACAGUGGAAAAAUCGUCCGUAUGUGGCUCCAUGAGGUGUAUCGAGUCUUUUAUGACCGUCUCAUCGACGACGACGACCGUGGGUGGGUUUUUGACAAGUGUCGAUCCAUCAUCAAGGAGAUAUUUGGCAUGGACUUUAAUACGGUAUUCAAACCGUACGAUACAAACAACGACGGGGUCGUUGAGGAAGACGAUAUGCGCAGUCUCAUUUUUGGGACGUUUCUCGCUCCCAAAGGCCAGAAUAUCUAUGACGAGAUUAUGGAUCUGGGCGAGUUGACUGCGCUGAUGGACCAACAGCUUGCCGAGCACAAUAUGGUCAGCAAAAAGCCGAUGGACCUGGUCAUGUUCCGUUUUGCGAUUGAGCACCUAUCACGGAUCAGUCGAGUGCUCCAACAACCACGAGGAAACAUCUUGCUUGUCGGAGUCGGUGGGAGUGGUCGACAGAGCCUGACGCGUAUGGCGGGAUAUGUGGCAGAUUAUGAUGUGUUUCAAGUUGAAAUUUCAAAGAAUUACAACUACUCCAAUUGGCACGAUGAUUUGAAGAAGGUCUUUCGGUCGGCAGGAGGCCUGGGACGGCCCUCGAUAUUCCUCUUCAGCGACACACAGAUUCAGGAGGAGGCUUUUCUUGAAGAUAUCAACAAUGUCCUCAAUUCUGGAGAAAUCCCGAACCUCUAUGCUGCCGACGAGAAACAAGAGCUCUUUGAGCUUAUCAGACAGGAUUCACGUGCAGCACGACCAACCGACAGUAGCCCGGCGGCGCUCUUUGCUCAGUUUGUAGACCGCUGUCGCGAGAACCUCCAUGUCGUAUUGGCCAUGAGCCCUGUCGGCGAAGCCUUUCGGAAUCGUUUGAGAAAGUUUCCGUCGCUCGUGAACUGCUGUACAAUUGACUGGUUCAAGGAGUGGCCCAACGACGCCUUGGAAAUGGUGGCGACAAAGUUUCUUCGAGAUGUUGAAAUCGAUGCCUCAGUUCGAAAGGAUGUCGUAUUUAUGUGCAAGCACUUCCACGAGAGCACUCGAAGGCAGUCUGAAAACUUCCUCUCCGCCCUCCGCCGACACAACUACGUGACCCCCACUUCGUAUCUAGAGCUCAUCCGAACCUUCAAAUCCUUGCUCGAGAUGCGGCGCUCCGCCGUUUCCAAGCUCAAGUUUCGCUAUGUCAAUGGUCUGGAAAAGCUCAAUUUUGCACAGGGUGCCGUGAGCAAAAUGCAGAUCGAUCUUGGAGAGCUGCAGCCACAGCUGAUCAAGACUCAAAAGGAGACUGAUUUGAUCAUGGUCCAGAUCGAGAAGGAGUCCAAGGAUGUGCAAAAGACAAAGGAUGUAGUCUCCGUGGACGAAGAAAUCGCCAGUAAGAAGGCAGCCGAAGCCAAGGCCAUCAAGGAUGACUGCGAGGCGCAGCUUGCUGAAGCUAUUCCAGCACUCGAGGCUGCUGUGGCGGCCCUUGACACUCUCAAGCCAGCCGAUAUCACUGUGCUCAAGUCCAUGAAGAGCCCGCCCGCUGGUGUCAAGCUCGUUAUGGAAGCCGUUUGCGUCAUGAAAGACGUAAAGCCUGUCAAGAUUCCAGAUCCUUCUGGGUCAGGGAAGAAGAUUGAGGAUUACUGGGGCCCAUCUAAAACGCUGAUGGGCGAUAUGAAGUUUUUAGAGUCGCUCAAAGCCUACGACAAAGAGAACAUCUCCCCAGCCAUCAUGAAGAUCAUCCGAUCAAAGUACAUGGAAAAUCCAGAAUUUGAUCCGGAAAAGAUCAAGACGGCCUCCUCGGCGGCCGAAGGUCUUUGUAGAUGGGUGCGCGCCAUGGAGUGCUACGAUCGGAUCGCCAAGGUGGUUGCCCCUAAGAAGGAGGCUCUUGCAAAGGCUGAAUCGGAGCUCGCAGAGACAAUGAAGGGACUGAACGAAAAACGAGCCAUCCUGAGGGCUGUUGAGGCCAAGAUGGCGGCGCUGGAAGACAACUUUCGAGCCAUGACCGAAAAGAAAGAUCAGCUCGAGAAACAAGUCAUAUCUGUCUCGAAUCAGCUUGUUCGUGCUGAAAAACUCAUAGGCAGCCUGGGAGAUGAGCGAGACCGAUGGACUCAGUGCGCCGCGGACCUCGAAGUCAAGUUUACUGCCCUGACAGGAGAUGUACUCGUUUCUUCCGGCAUCGUUGCCUAUCUUGGAGCUUUUACCAAGGCUUUCCGCGACGAGUGUGUUCAGGAAUGGAACAAGCUUUGUAAAGAGAGAGGAGUGCCGUGCUCCGAAGAGAUCAAGCUGGCCACUGUGCUUGGGGAGCCUGUCAAGAUACGCGCCUGGACCCUUGCAGGACUCCCAAACGAUUCAUUCUCGAUCGACAACGGCAUCAUGAUCUCCAAUGCUCGCCGCUGGCCUUUGAUGAUUGAUCCACAGGGACAAGCCAAUCGAUGGAUCAAAAACAUGGAAAAGCAAAAGUCUCUCCAGGUCGUGAAAUUAACCGACUCGGAUUAUAUACGCACUCUGGAAAACGCCGUGCAGUUUGGCACACCGGUGCUCCUUGAAAACGUCUUAGAGCAGCUCGACCCAGUACUGGAGCCCUUGCUGUUGAAGCAAACAUUCAAACAGGGUGGUAUAACAUGUAUCCGUCUGGGCGACUCGACUGUCGAAUACUCCCCCGAAUUUCGCUUUUACGUCACAACAAAGCUCCGGAAUCCGCACUACCUCCCGGAGCUCUCGACCAAAGUUACCUUGCUCAACUUUAUGAUCACUCCUGAGGGUCUGGAAGAUCAGCUUCUCGGAAUUGUGAUUGCCAAAGAGAGACCAGAGUUGGAGGAAAUGAAGGCACAGCUGCUGCUUCAGUCUGCUGACAACAAGCGACAGCUCCAAGAAAUUGAAGACAAAAUCCUUGAGAUCCUCUCGGGUUCCGAGGGCAACAUCCUUGAAGAUGAAACCGCGAUCCAAAUCUUGUCUUCAUCCAAGGUACUUGCGAACACAAUCAACGAGAAACAAGCCAUUGCAGAAAAAACCGAGAUCAAAAUUGAUGAGAUUCGCAUUGGAUACAAGCCCAUUGCUAUUCACUCGUCGCUGCUGUUUUUUUGCAUCGCCGAUUUGGCAAACAUAGAGCCAAUGUACCAGUACUCGCUUACGUGGUAUAUCGGACUAUUUAUCGGAUCGAUCGAAUCCAGCGAAAAGUCUCCAGAUCUGAACACCCGCUUGGAAAUCCUCCGGAGACAUUUUACAGAAUCGCUCUACUGCAACAUUUGCAGAUCGCUCUUUGAGAAGGACAAGCUCGUGUUCUCAUUCCUGCUCUGUGCAGCAAUAUUGAAGGGCCACAACGAGAUAGAUUCGGACGAAUGGCGCUUCCUUCUGACCGGGGGUGUCGGCGUUGGAGGCAACAUACCCCCCAAUCCAGAUCCAAGUUGGGUCUCCGAGAAGUCCUGGAAUGAACUCAACCGAAUAUCAAAUCUUCCUGCAUUCACGGGACUAGCAGAAAGCUUCAAAGACAGCAUCAAGGAUUGGAAGGCAUUAUUCGACUCUCCAGAGCCACACACAAUGGAUCUUCCUGGAAAAUGGGACACAUGCACAAACUCAUUUCAAAAGUUGAUGAUUCUUCGAUGCAUCCGUGCGGACAAAAUCACCCCUGCGGCUUCGGCCUUCAUCAUCGAGAAGAUGGGCAAACGCUUUGUCGAACCUCCGCCGUUUGACCUCGCGAGCAGCUAUGCGGACUCCAACUGCUGUGCGCCACUCAUUUUUGUGCUUUCGCCAGGAGCAGAUCCCAUGACCGAACUUUUGCGCUUUGCCGAAGACAAGAGAAUGGGUGGCAGUCGCCUUAAUUCGAUUUCUCUGGGACAGGGCCAGGGUCCGAUUGCCGCAAAAAUGAUCCAACAAGGUGUCCAGGAUGGCUCAUGGGUUGUAUUGCAAAACUGCCAUUUGGCCAUCAGCUGGAUGACAACCUUGGAGAAGAUAUGUGAAGACCUCAGUCCAGACACGACGGCCCGCGACUUUCGCCUCUGGCUGACGUCAUAUCCCAGUGACAGAUUUCCAGUGACACUCUUGCAGAAUGGCGUCAAAAUGACCAACGAGCCUCCAAAAGGACUCAAAGCCAACCUCCAGAAACUGUACCUGAGCGAUCCAAUCAACGACAUGACAUUUUAUGAGGGAUCCAAGAAACAAGAUGUCUUUGAGAAAAUGCUGUUCGGGUUGUGUUUCUUUCAUGCAGUGGUUCAAGAGCGACGGCAGUUUGGCCCCAUUGGCUGGAACAUUCCGUAUGAAUUCAACGAUACCGACCUUCGCAUAUCAGCUCGUCAACUUCGAAACUUUUUGUCGGAGUACGAAGAUAUCCCAUUUGACGCACUUUCGUAUCUGACAGGCCAGUGUAAUUACGGCGGUAGAGUCACCGACGACAAGGACAGGCGAUGUAUCAUGUCCGUACUGGCACUCUAUUACACUCCUAAGAUCUUGGACGAAGGCUACAACUUCUCAGAAAGCGGCCUAUACCAUGUGCCAACCACAAGCAACUACCAGGCGAUUCUCGACUAUGUCAAAGCGCUGCCCAUGGAAACACGACCCGAAGUCUUUUGUUUGCACGAAAACGCAGAUAUCACCCGAAAUCAGCUUGAAACGGAGCUCUUUUUCAAGGCGGUCCUUUCCACGCAGGCUCGGACAGAGUCUGGCGGAGGGAAAUCAACAGAACAAAUUAUAUUCGAUGUGGCUGCCGAGAUGCUUGGACGCUUGCCAGAAUCAUUUGACAUCCUCAGGGUCCAGCAGAAGUGGCCUGUGACGUAUUCCGAUAGCAUGAACACAGUGCUCCUUCAAGAGGUGAUCCGAUUCAGCGGAUUGUUGGAAACAGUGCGCGAAAGCCUCAAGAGUAUCCAAAAGGCGGUCAAGGGUUUGGUCGUCAUGUCUGCAGAGCUCGAAGAUGUGAGCACAAGCAUGCUAGUCGGAACGAUUCCCGGAAUGUGGGCCAAGAAGUCAUAUCCAUCGAUGAAACCUCUGGCAGGCUACUUUCAGGAUCUGUUGCAUCGACUGACUUUCUUCCGCAAAUGGAUUGAUGAAGGGCAGCCAAUUGUCUUCUGGUUGAGUGGCUUCUUCUUCACUCAGAGUUUUCUCACCGGUUGCCUACAAAAUUUUGCUCGCAAGUACACCCUUCCGAUCGACAUCCUCAGUUUUGAAUUUCAAGUUCAAUCCACCAAAACAGCCGGUGUCCGCCCUGAGGAAGGCCAAUAUAUAUACGGACUCUUCUUGGAGGGCGCACGAUGGGAUAUUCCACAGCAUUCAAUUGCCGAAUCGCACCUGCGAGUUCUCUACGAUCAACUACCUGUGAUUUGGCUGCGCCCGGGGGAAAAAUCCAAACUCAACAUCUCGGGGACGUACGAAUGUCCAGUAUAUAAAACAAGUGCUCGUCGAGGAACGCUUUCGACAACAGGGCACAGCACCAAUUUCGUCAUGUUCAUGCGAUUGCCGACCAACGUGCCGGAGGACACCUGGAUUCGGCGUGGCGUUGCCGGGCUUAUGCAGUUGAAUGACUAGGUUACACCUCCGGACAAUUACUGGCACAGAUAUCACCAGAUGAUGCAACGCCUAUGGUUCCUGACGAGCGCCAUCAACGGAAUCGGUGAUCUGGGCCACCUUAUUCCUGAGGUGACCAGUAGCCUGGCUUGGAUUAUUAAUACAUUUACACCGAAACAGCCACUACAACAACAACAUUUCCAAUCCCAAACAGGACAAUUGUUUCAAGUCGGGGUUGUGGCUUGUUCUGGUCCUAAAUAUACACACCCGCUCGUCGCUAUCAUGA